CGCUCUGCCACGAGAGCUGCCUCCCGCAAUGUUGGUAGCAACCAUGCACAGCCAAACAACCCAAUACCUCCAGGUCCCUCGAGUAUUGCCGACAAGGAAAAGCCGUUCACGAUCGAGAUCACGCGCGAGGGACGUGCCCAAGGAGGUCUUCAGUUCAACACAGGUCAUCGUCUCGCCAGAAAAGCUCACCUUUCGAGCUGCAUCGCCUGAAAAGCCGUCCUUCAGCCCAGAGCCAUACCGAAAACCAGCAUUCACUGUAUUCAACAGGAUGCCCAGUCCCGUACCCUCGCCAUACAGCUAUGGCGAGGGAAAGCGAGUAUCUUCGGCUCCGCUGCCCACACUGGAGCUACAAGACAUGCCCAUGAAGGACACAGAAGGCACGAAUUAUGAUGAUCUCAAUGAGGGCCUAUACACCAUGGAACAAUGCGUAACACCGCCACCAGAAAUACCCUUGAGGCAGAAGCUCAUCGGCGCGUGGAAACUGGAAUCAUAUGUUGCCUAUCCAACACCACAAUCGCCAGUGCAAAGACCGACCUAUCCCAUGACGAAGAACGUCACUGGAUUCAUCAUGUACACCCCAGAUGGAUACAUGUCAGCUCAAAUGUUAAUACCGGGACAGCAGAGUUUCAAGCGCGGAGAAGGGGAAGAGCCGCAAUGGGCAGAGGCAGGAAAGCGAUGUUUCGCGUACUGUGGCCCAUACUACAUUUCCAACGAAGGCCAAGGCCGGGAGGAGAUUCUUCGGCAUACCUUCCAAUGCUGCAGCUUACCAGGCUGGAUCGGCGACAUCCAGAUUAGGACUCAUCGAUUCGAGGAAGAUGGUCAAGUGCUUGUGCUUGGCAGCGAAGAGCCAACAGAAGUGAAGGGCGACAAGCGCAUACCAGUCCUCAAAUGGAGACGGGCCAAGGACAACUCCAAUGGCACGCCACCACCACCGACACCACAGAUAAAAGUCAGCGGACCUGGCGAGCCUUGAGGCCAGUAGCCGCAACCACCAGGAUACGAACAUUGCAUUUCACAGUAGACGACUCGCAUCAUCCUACCACAUCACUAGUAUUACGAGUUCCACACUCGCUACAUCGACAACGAAUAGAACCGGCCGUGAAGGAUCGGGAACAGUCACGAAUUUCCCUUCUGUUCAGUAGCAACUGCAUCGCAUAGCGAGCGACCUGGCGUUUCAUGAGGCAUUUGUGCUUUCGAGAUAUACCUUUUUGUUAAAGCGCAAGCCCGGAACUGUACACUUCUUAACAACCACUUUACGAACUCGAGAAUUAUUGUAUUGGCAGAAACAAGGCGCAUUUGCAGCGUCUGGCACGCUGGCGCCGAACGACAAUCCAGAUAGCAAUCUAGGACAAUCACCCAUUGUCUAACCACUUGGCACUAUCUUACCCAUAUCGAUUUUCCACAAGCAUAGCAAUCUGUCAUAGAAGCUCGUACUCACAAUGCUUCUGUUUGAUACAGUACCUCCUCCGUCUCGUUCGGGCUGCACGUCACUCCCGUAAUUCAUACUCUUGUGCUCCUCGAACCUCGCCAGAACUUCGAAAUUCCAUUCCUCACUCCUGCUCCGUGCCAUCCUUACAAUGCGAGCACCAGCAUGCAUGCAACUGACAAGUAGUACGAGGCUUGUGCAUGGCUGCCGCAGGGCUGAGUCCGAGGCUUCCUGCAUAUUUUUAUUAGGCACACUAACGGCGGCCUCUCGUGCGAGCACUUUCAAUCGCCAGACACCGCCUCCUAGGUAGAGCGAGGCCAGCGUCUGCCGUCUGCCUACUGAGGGCAAUGAUAGCAACCGAAUAUGAUCAUCGUAGCUGCCGGUCACCACAAGGGUAUCGGAAAGUGGCAGGAUGGCGGUGACUCCGGCUUCAUGGAGCUUACGAUCUUUCCACAGAGCCUCGAUUUGCAUGCUGUUUUCAUGCUCGUCUUGGAUUUGUGAGCACUGCAGAACGAUGUCAUCGCCGCCGGAAAUAGCGUUUCCCGUCUGAGGUGUGAAGGCCAUAGUCCAGGCUUCCAACUCAUGCUGCUGAAUAUCGUGCAUUGUGAUCACAGCAUCUUGGCUCCACAAUUGGCCUUCCGUGCUGCUGCUGCUGCUGC